UAGCCUUGCUCUUCCGCUGUCGGCGAAGGACAGCCAAAGAAAUGAUAUACUUUUAAGAAGAGUGUACUUAAUAAUAGACAUUAAUCAUGUCAGUUAGUCAGGCAAGACUAUGCCUUUUUGUAGGUAGAGGUAGUGCGCUUUUUGCACGCCAACCGAACUUUGUAGUAUCGACUACAGUUGAAGGGCAUAGACAUUUGACCACUCACCCUCAAUACAAAAAACCUUAUCCUUAUGAACGGCGGCGUUUUGGUUUUUUCAAUGCUCUUUUAGAUUAUACAGUUGCAAGAAUCAAUGAAAAUAGUAGGAUUUUGAUGAUUGAAGGUCCACCUUGUGUAGGGAAAACAGAGUUUGCGAAGAAAGUGGCUGAUGCCUUCCAGCUGAAGUAUAUGCCAGCAAUCACUGAAGAAGAUCUAUUUAUUCGAAAUGGGUUUGAUCGCCGAGAGUUGAAUAACAUGAUGCCAACAGAAAAAAUGAGGUGCUAUGAUCUUGACAUGUUCUAUGCCGAACCAGAUCCAAAGAAUAUGAUGUACUUUGGUGCAACGCAGGUUGACUUUUUCAAAGCCCGUUACUACCAGUAUGUUGAUGCGCUGAAACACCUACUACAUACAGGUCAAGGUGUAGUUUUAGAAAACAGUGUGUGGAGUGAUGCCUGUUAUGCCCUUAAUAUGGCAGACCAUGGGUACUUUUCAAAACAAGGUAUACGUUGGUUCAUGGACUACAGGAAGAAUGUACUGAACUUUCUCUGGAAACCGCAUCUCGUUAUACACCUUGAUGCUCCAUCCUCGCUGACUGUGAAGAACAUGAAAGAAAAACAUCCACAGUACGAACACAGCCCAGUAUUAAGGGAAUCUUACUUUGACGGCUUGAGGGAAAAGUUUCAAAAGUUUUAUAUACCUUAUAUGGAGAAGCACUGUGACACGCUGUACUAUGAUGUAACAAAUAUGGAAGAUUUUGACCUGCUUGCUAUGGAUUUGGAGGGAAUGGACCUCAUAUCAGCUAGAUUUGGUGAGAGCUUCAAGUUUGCAAACUGGAGAAAAGAUAAAGAAGAGCAGUGGAGCAUGUAUAGAGUAAAUGUGAGUGAUCCAACAACAGUUGAAAAUAACCUGAAUUGGAGAGGACCGUGGAACGUACCGGAACUAUCAAUGAGUGGCGAAGAGCUUGCACAAUUGCAGGAAAUAGAAGAAAAGAUCCCGCAGCUUAGGUACGCUGAUCAAUACUGGUAUGAUAAGGCUGGCAACUUCACACCAAGACCAGAAUUAGGCGAGCAUGGUCCGUUGUCUUUAGCUCGAGACGUUCCAGAAUGUAACCAGGGAGUAGGGGCAAAACAGAUCUCAGCUUAAUUCUUCUCUAUUUUAGGCUGUCUUAAUUUGAAUUGUGUCACAGGAAAAGGUACUGUGUCAGAAACUGAUGUUUAGAUAUAUAUUGUGUCUAAAUGAGCUAGCUAAAAAGAUCAGUUCAAUAAGGCUGCUUUAGAAAUUUAUUUUGUCAAAGAUUUUAUGAAAUAUUUAUUUGAAACAUAAUUAUUAGAAAUUGAAAAUGACUUUGUCUUGAGACACAACAUUGAAUAGAAUUGUAGAUUACAGAUUAGAAUUGAUGUAUUUGUAUUGAGUGAUCGAAGAAAAAAUGCUGAACUGUUUUUGUUUUAAGGAAGGGAAGGCAUUCUGAUGUGACUUGUUUUCUUAAUUUCACAUCAAAGCUGAUGAGAGAGUAUGGACAUUUUGUUAUGUUUUAGCUUUGAUAAGUAAUUUAAGUCAACUUAUUUGUGCAUUGUUAUAACAAAAAGCUGAAAUAAAAUAUGCUUUGACCUUUGAA